AUGGAGGCUGAGGAGUUAAGUGGCAGAGAGUUGACAAUUGAUUCCAUAAUGAACAUGGUGAGAGAUAUUAAAAAUAAAUUUAAAAAUGAAGAUCUUACUGACGAGCUAAGCUUGAAUAAAGCCUCCACUGAUACUACAGAUAACUCAGGAACUGUUAACCAAAUUAUGAUGAUGGCAAACAACCCAGAGGACUGGUUGAAUUUGUUGCUCAAACUGGAGAAAAACAGUGUCCCUUUAAAUGAUGCCCUUUUAAAUAAAUUGAUUGGUCGUUACAACCAAGCAAUUGAAGCACUUCCUCCAGAUAAAUAUGGCCAAAAUGAGAGUUUUGCUAGGAUUCAAGUGAGAUUUGCUGAACUAAAAGCUAUUCAAGAGCCAGAUGAUGCACGUGACUACUUCCAAAUGGCCAGAGCAAACUGCAAGAAAUUUGCUUUUGUGCAUAUAUCUUUUGCACAGUUUGAACUAUCACAAGGUAAUUUCAAAAAAAGUAAGCAACUUCUUCAUAAAGCUGUGGAAUGCGGAGCAGUGCCACUCGAAAUGUUGGAAAUUGCCAUUCGGAAUUUAAACCUUCAGAAAAAGCAGCUGCUUUCAGAGGAGGAAAGGAAGAGCUUAUCUGCAUCUACAGUAUCAAGUGCACAAGAACCAUUUCCCAAUACACUUGGACAUUUACAGAAUAGGAACAUUAGUUGUGAUUCUAAAGGACAGACUACUAAAGCCCGGUUCUUAUAUGGAGAGAACAUCCCCCCUCAAGAUGCAGAGAUAGGCUAUCGAAAUCCCUUGAAACAAACAAACAAGGCUAAACGGUCAUGCCCAUUUGGAAGAGUCCCAGUUAACCUUCUAAGUAGCCCGGAUUCCCAUGAGAAGACGGAUGUUUCAGUUGCACCACAUUUUACUAAAAGACAUAUCUCUGGGUCAGAGUGCCGAGAUACAAUCACGCCUGGAUCUAAAUCAAGUGGAAAUGAUUCCAGCGAAUUGAGACAUUUAAAGUCUGUUCAAAAUAUUCAUUCCAAGGAACCUGUGAUGUCAGAUGAGAAGAGUUCUGAACUUAUUACUGAUUCAGUUACCCUGAAGAAUAAAAGUGAAUCAAGUUUUCUAACAAAAUUAGAAGAAACUAAAGAACAUCAAGAACUAAAGGUUCUAGAAAGUGAUCUGAAACAAUGGCAAUCAAAGAGAAAGUCUGAAUGUGCAAACCAGAAUCCUGCUGUAUCUUCCAGUCAGUGGCAGAUUCCAGAGGUAAUCCCUAAAGUUGAUACAGAGCAGAAACACACCACUUUUGAACAACCUGCCUUUUUGGUUUCCAAGCAGUCACCACCAAUAUCAACACCUAAAUGGAUUGACCCAAAAUCUAUUUGUAAGACACCCAGCAACAGUGCCUUGGAUGAUUACAUGAGCUGUUUUAGAACUCCAGUGGUAAAGAAUGACUUUCCACCUGCUUGUCAGUUGUCAACACCAUAUAGCCAGCUUGCCUGUUUCCAGCAGCAACAGCAGCAAAUACCUGUUACUCCACUUCAGAAUUUGCAGAUUUCAGCAUCCUCUUCAACAAAUGAAUGCAUUUCAGUUAAAGGAAAAAUAUAUUCCAUAUUGAAGCAGAUAGGAAGUGGAGGUUCAAGUAAGGUAUUUCAGGUGUUGAAUGAAAAGAAACAAAUACAUGCUAUAAAGUAUGUGAACUUAGAAGAAGCAGAUAGCCAAACAGUUGAUAGUUACCGGAAUGAAAUUGCUUAUCUGAAUAAACUACAACAACAUAGUGAUAAGAUCAUCCGACUUUAUGAUUAUGAAAUCACAGAUCAGUACAUCUACAUGGUAAUGGAGUGCGGAAAUAUUGAUCUGAAUACUUGGCUUAAAAAGAAAAAAUCCAUCAGUCCAUGGGAACGGAAGAGUUACUGGAAAAAUAUGUUGGAGGCAGUUUACACAAUUCAUCAACACGGUAUUGUUCACAGUGAUCUGAAACCUGCUAACUUUCUGAUAGUUGAUGGAAUGCUAAAGCUAAUCGAUUUUGGAAUUGCAAACCAAAUGCAACCAGAUACAACAAGUAUUGUUAAAGACUCCCAGGUUGGGACAGUUAAUUAUAUGCCACCAGAAGCAAUCAAAGAUAUGUCUACUUCAAGAGAAAAUGGGAAGUCCAAAUCAAAGAUAAGCCCAAAAAGUGAUGUUUGGUCCUUAGGUUGCAUUUUGUACUAUAUGACUUACGGGAAAACACCAUUUCAGCAUAUAAUUAAUCAGAUUUCUAAAUUACAUGCCAUAAUUGACCCUAAUCAUGAAAUUGAAUUUCCUGAUAUUCCAGAGAAAGAUCUUCAAGAUGUAUUAAAGCGUUGUUUAAUAAGGGAUCCUAAACAGAGAAUAUCCAUUCCUGAGCUGCUGGCACAUCCGUAUGUUCAGCUUCAAACUCAUCCAGGUAACCAGACGGCUACGGGAACUGCUGAAGAAAUGAAAUAUGUUCUGGGCCAACUUGUUGGCCUGAAUUCUCCUAAUUCCAUUUUGAAAGCUGCUAAAACUUUAUAUGAGCAAUACAGUGGUGGUGAAAGUCAUGAUUCCUCUUCAUCGGCCAAGACUUUGGCAAAAAAAUGGGAAAGAAAAUGA